GAAAUUAAAUGCACCCAUACCCUUUAUCACCAUGGAGAUCGUGGAGGAUCAGUUCCCAUGUGUUCUGUCUCAGAGGCAGCAGUUGGACAGCAGCAUACUCUCUCCCUUGUGAACGUUAACAGGGAAUUUUUAAAACAUGUUUAACUAUGGGUUCAAAUUGAAGAACGAUAUUUAAGUCAUUAUGGAGAGGAAAGCAGUUGUGCAAAGUCUCCAAGUAAAUCAGAGAGAAGAGGAGCCCUAGUGUGGUAAGACCGAAGCAGGCUUAUUCAUGAGUGUCUCCUCUGUGGACAUGUUUCCAGAUCGCUCUUCACUCCCCUAAAGACAAACCUGAAAACCUCAAAGCGGGUGGAACGAUGGAGGAGUCAGAUGAUGAUUUCAAAGAACUCUGUGCCAGCUUUUUCCAAAGGGUGAGAAAAAAUGCAACCAAAGAAGUGUCUGGAGAAAGGAAGAAGCCGAAGGCCGCCGGUAGCUCUCAGAAGAGAGGCACACUGAAAGAAACCAGUCAAGCUGCCACCAGGAGCAAAAGCCUUCAAGGCCCUUCAGAGAAGAAACCUCGAUCAGGCAGCCAGGCCUCUAGGACUAAAAAGCAAGGGGCACCCAAAUCCCAAGAAGGGGACCCAGCCCUCCCUGUGCAUGGAAAGGGCGGUGUCCUUGCUCCUGCCCCACAGCCUGUGUUGUGUGAGAAAGCACAGAGCAUUCAGACAGAGAGUGCUCCCAAUGGCGGCUCCCAGCCCCUUCCGUCCUGCUUCACCACGACUGCCGUGCCAAGUCCCUCCAAACCCAGAGCCUCGGAGCUGGUUCUCCAACGGAUGAAGAAGUUCAAGAGAGCAGACCCUGAGCGCUUGCGGCAUGCUUCAGAAGACUCCUCCCUAAAGCCCACACUGGAAGAAAAUGUCCCGAGGAGCCCUCAGGCGGAGACGGUGGCAGAAAACGAGUCUAAGGCAAGGCUCCAUGCCACAGACAGCGAUGCUGCUAUGGCCCUGGCCUUACAGCAGGAGUUCAGAAAGGAGGAAGCAUCUUCACGUCAUGACAGCUUGGAGGAGAAGGGGUUGUUCUUCUGCCAGAUGUGUCAGAAAAACCUCUCUGCGAUGAAUGUGACCCGGAGGGAGCAGCAUGUGAACAGAUGCCUUGAUGAGGCAGAAAAGGCUCUGAGACCUGCUCCACCUCAGAUCCCUGAUUGUCCAAUAUGUGGUAAACCAUUCCUCACCUCUAAGAGCCGAAUGAGUCACUUGAAGCAGUGUGCAGUGAAGAUGGAGGUGGGUCCCCAGCUCCUGCUCCAGGCUGUGAGGCUACAGACCGCUCAGCCCGACGGGGGCAGCAGCCCUCCAGUACCCAGCAACCAUGUUGGAAGUUUGAAACGGAAAGGAGCCACCGUCAAGAAGGAGCCACAGAAGAGGCGGAAAGCCAAUAUGCCCGAGGCUCCAUCUGAAGAUCUGCUGGUGGCCAUGGCUCUGUCUCGCUCUGAGAUGGAGCAGUGUCCAGUUGUGCCCCCACUCAGACUAGAAAAUGCUUUUUCUCAGAAGAUAGGGCUAGGAGCAGAGAAGAAAAGCCGCAGAAAGAAGCCCCCAGUGUGUCCCCCGCAGUUGUUAACUCAGGACUUUGAGACCACAAGUAGACAGAUUGAGGAUCGCGUCGCCCAGCUCCUUUCAGAGGAAGUGGACCUAGCCUGUACCCCGCCACUUCCUGCCAGCAGGAUUUUAAAGGAAGAAUUGGGGCAUGCAGGCCGGCGUCUGCAGCUGCCUGCAGGAAAGCGGAAUUUUCUGUGGGAGUGCAGUGCCCUCACAGGGGCCUGGGCUGAGGAGUCUUUCUAUGCAGCAGGCCUGGUCCCUCCAGUGGUGUCCCCACGGCCUCCCAAGGAAUGUGAGGUGUCACUGGAGCUGCCUAAGCAGCGAGAGCCAAGUACCCAAGGGCCCCCUGCUUCCCACAGCAGCCCUCCCAUAAGCCCCAGCCCCAAGAGCCAGCCGCUGUCCUCCACUCAGAGGGAGCACCAAGCUCUUCAGGAUCUUGUGGACUUGGCAGAGGAGGGGAUGAGCACCAGCCCGUGGUCCAGCAGUCUGGGAGCACCCACAGGGUUGGACUUGGAACCCAACAGUCUUCCACUGACUGGGUUUGUCCUGCCAUCUAAGAAGACCCUUCAGAGGAGUGACCACGCCUCCCUCUGCUCCCUUGGGUUGCUGGUGUCUGACUUUGGGACAAUGGUCAAUAACCCACACCUGAGUGAUAUCCAGUUCCAGAUUGACAGCGGAGAGGUGUUUUAUGCCCACAAGUUCGUUCUCUAUGCCCGAUGCCCACUUCUUAUUCAACAUGUAAAUGCUGAAGGCUUCUGUGCUGUGGAGGACGGGGAUCUGACCCAGCGCAUCCUGCUGAAUGAUGUGAGCUCUGAGGCUGCCCUGGCAUUUCUGAACUAUCUCUACAUGGCAGACACUGACAUGCCUCCCAGCCUGGCCCAUGAACUGCGUGCCCUGGCCCUCAGGUUUGGUGUGAGUGACCUUGUUCACCUGUGUGAACAAGUGCCUGUCAUGGCAGACUUGGAGGGAGAGCAACAGGAGGAGGAGGAACACGAGAACUGUAAAAGCAGAGCCGAGAAUUUCCAAGAACUCUUGAGGUCAGUGUGGGCAGAUGAGGAGGAGGAAGCAGAGACUUUGGUGAAGCCUGAGCUCUGUGAAGAAGAUGGAGAAAAAGUGAAUGAGGCAGAAAUGGAAGAAAUUUAUGAAUUCGCAGCCACUCAGAGAAAGCUGCUCCAGGCGGGAAGCGCGGCAGACACAGAUGAGGACACAAUCCGGCUCGGAGAGGACAGUCCAGGUUCUGAGCCUUCCCUGGCAGGUGCUCAGAGUAGCAGGCAGACAGGACAGAUGGAGUCAUCUGGGCCAAUCAACUGGGAAAAGGAAAGAGAUUCCCUUCUACCCCAGGACCAGUGCUCGGCCUGGGCAGGGAAAGCAGGGACCCAGGAGGCACUAAAGGAGGCAGCUGGCCAGCCUAGCUCCUGUAGCCCUUCUGAGAGCCAGCAGGUGAGGACUAAAGAGUGCUCACCUUUGCUCCCAACCAAGGCCUGUGAUGACAAACAGCCCUUUGCAUCAACUCAGAGAGACCCAUCUGAGCUGUCCAGAAUGACCGCUGGUCACGAAGAGCCGAGUGGCAGUGCUAGGGAGAGGCAGGCAGAAGUGGCCCGUUCCCCCUGCUUCCUCCUGUCACAGUCUCCUGUAGGUGGAAGUCCCAGCCGGUCACGGCUUCUCUCAUAUCCCACAAGCAAUUUAUCCCCAUCGGUGCCCCAGCCACGCAGUAGCAUUUCCAAGGCGUCAUCCCCAAGCUCACUGUCUCCAGUUACACCAUCUAAGCAGAAAAGGGACAGUACCAUUCUCACACUACUGGGAGAACCCGGCCACCAGAAGGGUAAACGAGAUAGCUCCAUGUUGGGACGCAGAAAUAGGGGCAUCCUGAUUUCCCCGGCAAAGUCUCCUCCCAUUGACUUGACCCAGUCAGCUCCUGAUCCCUUGAGUCCCAGGACCCAGGAUCCUCCAUGUCAUGUGAAGAAAGAGGAUGAGGUUAUCCUUUUACUGGAUUCGGACGAAGAGCUGGAACUAGAGCACAGCAAGACAGAGUUAAUUUCUAAGGAGUCUCCAGGAGGAAGGACAGUUCUAGACGUUAGCCCCAAAUCCUCUGAACUGUUUUCAGUCAUCGAUGUCGAUGAAGAUCAAGAACAUUCCCAAAGCCCACCAAAGAGAGAAGCCGGGCUCCGCAGGGAAGAGGAGGGACGGCGGGAGAAUCAGUCUGCUCUGGGAAGCAGAGACAUCCCCUGGCUGUUCUGCAGUCAGAAGAACAGCCUGGACGAGGGCAGCUCCACAGACACCUCCUGGCUGGUGCCUGCUACUCCGGGGGCCUGCAGGAGUCGUGAUCGCUCAUCACAGACCCAAAUCCUAAGCCUUAAGACCAGGAGCCCGCCAGAUGAGACUGCUCAGCACACCCCCAGGCCUUCUGUAGACCGCAGGCCUGUGCAGGAAGCAGUGCAGAAGCUCUCCGUGAUCGUGCCCUAUAAACUGCCUGUUACUCAGGGAACUCCUGAGAGUGGGCGGCAGGGCUGCAGAAGCCCUUCCCAUCCAUACUCCAGGUGCCACAAGCCUUCUUUACAGCCAUCGUGUCCCGCCCCUGAUCUUACCAAGUGGCCCCAGAAACACUCGUCACCGCGGCCAUGCCUGCCAAACCAGGCCACAGCUGAUGAAGUGGUGGAAGUUGGGGACAGUGACGAUGAACAGGAGGUGGCUUCCCAUCAAGGAAACAGCAGCCCUGUGCUAGAUGGUGACCCCCCGGUUCCCAUGGGUGACUACUGUUGGCAUGAUGAGCCUCUCUCACCCAUUCCAAUUGACCACUUGAAUCUGGAGCGGACUGGCCCCCUGACCACAAGCAGUCCCAACCAUCAGUCCCAGGAGGCGCUGCGUGGUGAUGACUGCCACUCCCCAGAACUCCUGGGCAGCACCCCCGUUCGAGGAAGCUCUGGGGCCCUGAGAGAGUCUCAAGAGCAGUCUUCACAGGCUGCCUCUCCAGGGAGCAGCAAACUGAGUUUCAUGAGCCCAGCUCUGUGGGACGACUGGGACGAGGAAGAGCAACACUCUCCAGAGGCCUCGCCGGUGGCCCAAAUGCUGAGUGCCGGAGCUCUGAAGCCAGACAGUCCGGAGACACCAAAAGGUGCUAAUCGGAAAAAGAACUUGCCCCCCAAAGUGCCUAUAACUCCAAUGCCAAGGUAUUCAAUCAUGGAGACCCCAGUGCUGAAGAAGGAGCUGGACAGGUUUGGAGUCCGUGCUCUGCCCAAACGCCAGAUGGUUCUAAAACUGAAGGAGAUUUUCCAGUACACUCACCAGACGCUGGAGUCAGACUCAGAGCAUGAAAUCCAGUCUUCCCAGCUACCUUGCAGCCCGGAGGUACCUGGUAGCCAGGUGUCUACCGCUGAGACCUACAAGCCUUCAAGGUCAGGAGGCUACACCCAGAUCAAAGCCACUGCAGGUCUGGGGGCUCCAAGAGCCAAGGGUCCCACUAAGAGCAAGAACCCUCGGCAUCGAGAGAAACAGCGCAGUGAAAGUGUUUCCCACCCGAGCAGGUUGCCAGCUGGGGAGCCGCCUGUAGGCCCUGUUGGGGACGCCCUGCUCCCAGCCUCCCAGGAGUCCGUGGCCACCUCUGUGGAUGGCAGUGACAACUCCUUCAGCUCUCACAGUUCCUCCUGUGGGUUUGGAGCUGCCUUGGAGUCUGCAGGUGAAGACAAGGACGACGAGGAGGGGGUCAGUGCAUCACAGGUUGCCCGCCGGGCGGCAGACACAGAGGAGGCAGUGAGACGCUACAUCUGCUCCACGCCUGCCCUGUACAGGAAGGUGCUGACAUACCAGCCUCUCGAGCUGGCUGAACUCCAGGCUGAGCUGAAGCAGGAGGGCAUUCCUGUGGCCAUGGGCAAGCUGCUGGACAUCCUCGAUGCCCAGUGCAUCACCUUCACAACUGCUGCAGCCCGAAAGGAGAAGCUCAAACAGAGGAGACGGCAGCCGCUGGGCAGGAAGAAAAAGGACCAGAAAUGACAGGCUUCCACCUCAGUAGCUAGCUGCCAGAGGGCCUCACCGGGUGUGUCUCAGGACAGCAGCCCGUGUCUCUGGAAGUGACGUCCCCAGCAUACUCUCUGCUCUGUGUCGCCCCUGGAUUUAGAGCCAGGUCCUCUCUUCCCCCGUCAGUCAGGCUCAAGCAGGAUCCCCAUCUUAUGUGUUCCUGAGAGCAGUGGGCCAUACCAGCUGACCAGGCAAGACCCACGCCUUCUUCUCUUGCCGUUCUGUGUCUACUACACCCAAGCACAGCUGUCCUGGUAACAUAUUCUGGGAUGAGCAUCAGGCCCAGCCUGCCUUCUCAGCAUUCAGACCAACCUAGACACCCCAGGGCGGCCUGUACCACCACACCACAGGUGCUCUUCUGACCUGAUGCCUACCCAGACCCUUGUCAGUGUCACCAGCAUUCUCUAAGCAGGACUUUGAAUAGGGCCCAGCACAACUGUGAAGACCCCCAAAGUAAGCAUGUUGUUUGUGGGUUCCUCCCAUGUGUGUUAAACCUCUGACCCAGAAGCAGUGUGGACCCUGGGGAGGCAAAAAAGCCAGACGUUUGGGUUCCCAUAGCCUGUGAAUGUCCUUGUCUGUUUUAAUUACCGUGAAGUUGUUUUAUAUGAGUGCAAUAAAAACAAGGCUUUAUUUAAAAUAAAUACUAAGUAAAUAAACCUA